CCUUAGACGUGCUACUGUACGAGGAGGAGAUGACGUUGCGAGAUAAGCCUACGACGACCAAGCGCAAGUCGUCUGCGUCGUCGUCCUCCGCUUCGCCUUCGUCGCGCAAGUCCAGCAAGAAGGAAAUAGUCGACGAUGGCGCGCCACGCAAGGGAUCGCUCCUGAAGCGGCGCAACACGGUAAAGCUGCGUCGUAGCUCCAUAGACUUGGACCCGGAGUCGGUGCCGGGCUCCCGCAGGAGUUCCGUUGUGGACCUGCCGGGGCUCGGUCUGGAACCCGUCGCCGAAGAGGGUGGAGACCUCCCGGCGGCCGGAGCCGCUCGCACGCCGCCACCACUCAAGUUCGUCGUCGACGAAAUUUCCAUCGAGCAGUCGCCGGCGUCGCCCAAGAAGUUCCGGUACGAGGUCAUCGUCGAAGAUCCGGAGAGCGCUGAGCCGCGCGAGGAAAAGCCGGAUGCCACCCGCGAGGAGGCGAAGGUAAAGGUCAAGUCGAAAGGCAAAGUGGUGAAGAAGAAGAAAGUUGCAGACGGCGCUAAAACGAUACCUAAUGAAAACGAAUCAUUCCAGAAUGAACAUAGUAAGUCGGCGGCCUUCGGACUUGCUCUUAGUAGUGGCGAUAGUAAUGUAAGUGUCGCGUGUUCUUCAGCUCCUAGUGGUGCGCCCGCUCGUGAAGAAAAGACUUGUAGCGCUACCGUUCUCAGUGAUGGAGUGCUGUGUAAGAAUAAAGUUCCUGUUACGUCUGAAUCUCCUCAGACGUCCCCCUCCGCGGAUUCUGCUCUGCAGCAGUCCCGUACAUUAGAAAAGACAGCCGUUUCCCCCGUUCCUAGUUCCGAAACCGAAAGCCGAACAGUCCCUUCUAUUGAUGAGGAGCGCAAGACCGGUGUUGUCGGUAAGGUCGUGAAAAAGGUACCGAAGGUAAAGCAGCCCGAAACAACGUCUUUGACGUCCACUGUUGGUGCUGCACAGAAAACAACAGCCUCAAGUGCGGCUGGUGAUAAUAUUCUUACGAGUAAUGCAGCUCUCGAUAAAAACCAAAUACCUUCACCGUCUUUGGACGCCAUCGUACCGAAUUUACGUCAAGUCCCUAAUGAGAAAGACAACUCGUUGACAACGAUUCCGUCAGAUUCAGCGUCACCACUGCCCAAGGAUCAGAAGCGGCCGAAAGACGAAAUUACAGUAAAAUGUGCUUCAACUGAGUCGGCCUCUUCUACAAAGACAUCUGAUACAGAUGUUAAGAAGCAACCGUCGUCUGGUACUCCGAUACCAGAAACGAACUCUAAACCUACAGCUAAAUGUUCUGAAACUACAAAUACGCGUGAUCCUCUCGAGCAAGUUUCACUUAAAUCAACGAAACUUAAAAAACCUCCACAUUCCCCUACAGAUGCCGUUUCUAAAGGCAUGAAGCAGAAAUCCCCACCGGGAAAUGAAGCUGGAAUCGGUAACCGGCGCCUUAUCAAACACGAAGACAAAUCUCAGAGUACUUUGCAAAGUGAAAAUGCCAAAGAAAAACAGACGGGCAAUAAUAGCGAGAUUUUUAUAAAUGAAGGGAAGGAUGUUCAGUGCACGACUCCAUCUUCUAAAACACCCGCCGAAACAGUCGCCGUGAACAGCAGUGACGGUAAAUCCGGAAAUUUGAAAUCAGCAACAGUAGUUUGUGAUGAAAAUGCGGCGAAAAACGUGGUUAAAGUUGAGUUACAGUCUCCGGUUCCUAGAGAACCAGCUCCCAUGGCCAUACAUGGAUUAAAGAAUACAAAAGACAUGGUUAAUGAUGAAUUGGCUAAUGUAAAGACACAUUUAGCUCAAACGGUAAAAUUAGAUACAAAUUUGAACACAAUGAAGGCUUCGGAAAAAUAUAAAGCGUCAUCGGCUGGUAGCAAAGCCACGGAAGCCCAAAAACGUAACGUCGACACUAAGGAAACUGAAGCUCUAAAAUCUGACGGUGGUACGACCGUCGAAAAUAAAAAUACGAAACUCAUCAUCGGGCCUACGCUCAAAAAAGAAAUGCAAACGGAAAAACGCGAAACAAAACUGACUGACAAAGAAUUAACGAGAGAUAAGACUGACAAAAAUAUUACGAAAGACACUCCCAGUAUUCCCCCUACUGUUCCGAAGAAGCCUCCAGAUGUAUUGAAGAAAAAGGUGGCACACGAUCCAAAGAAAGUUGUGAAGCCACUUAAACCGGGCACAGACGAGCCUUCUGUUUGCGACAAGCCGGCGCCAGCAGUUGUGGCGAGUAAGCAAAAGACGCCAGAGAUUGUGACCAGCGUAGCAACUGCAAAUACUGAUCCACCCAAGGAGAAUAAAGACAAUGACACACAGAAAGAGGAGUCGGGGGAAGGCAUUAAUUUUUGGGCCUUAAUAAAAGGGGCAGAAGAGGCAUAUAUUCCUCCGAGAACGUUAUUUAGAACGAAUUCCGAACCGAAUAAAAGGAAGGAAGCAGGUCACGAAGAGUUGCAGAGGAAGAAUUCUGUUCAUAAACAGAACGAGACCUCUGUUAUGCCUAGCAAUGGCAUGCAGACUGCAUCGUCACUAGGGAAACUUACAGCAGAAAAGCAGCCAGAAAAAGCGACAGACAUUCUCUCUCCCACGGAACUGAAAAAAAUAAAAUUUACUAAGUUGAAGAGCAACGAUAACAAUGAAAAGAAAGGACGAGCACUGAAAAAAACGGAAAAUAUCACUCCAGAAAAGACAAGUAAAAUUCCGGUAACAGAUAAUAUACAGCCACCAACUCAAACGGCUGUAGUUUCCCAGGAAAAUGUCUCAGAAAAUUUAAGCGAUGCUACUCCGAAACCGAAUGGCGGAGAAACUAUGCAACACGGUAUCAGUGUAGCCCUAGGUCCUUCUGGAGACAAACAAACACCGGAAAUUAAAGUUGCGUUGCCUAGUACACAAGAAAUAUGGAAAAGUGACGAAGCAUCCCCUAACCCAGGUGUCAACGACAGUGCUCUCGAUCAAAAUCAGAAUCUGAGUGCAAAGAACGUAUUAAUUGGCAAACUAGACAAGCAGAGGGACGAAAAGCAGACAGGUUUAAAACUGCCAGGGAAGCCGCCCCUCAAACUCAUUUCCAAACACAAGUCAGACUCGAAAUUAAUUCUGCCAAGUGGUGAUGAGAGUGACGAUAAAUCAGAUAAGCUGAAGACACCACCGAGUGCUGGGAUCAUCGACAAGCCUCCCAGAACACCGCUGCAGGACAAACGUAUGGCAAACUUGGUGCCUCCUAAGAAAAAUCAAAGAUACCGCACUAAAUCUGCGUCGGACGAUGCCGGUUCUACAGUGCCUGAGUCGUUACCGCAGAAAGAGAAAGCAUUUACCGAAAAGCCACCCGUUAUUCCUCGCAAAUCCAAAAAAGGCUCAUCAGAAGCUGGCGACGGAAGGCUCCUAGAUGGGGUUACAUCUGCUGCGAAUUACGGUGAAACUGUGCCUCCAUCCACACCACCUGCGGCCGCUAAAAGUACCACUAGCGACGCAACCAAAACUGAAGUUUCUCUGACUGCUAGUGAUGGGGCCCCAAGAGACCAAGACAACUCAAAACACAGAACACAAGAAGUUUCUGCGAGCUCUGGAGAGCAAGGUGACGUAAAGGCUGCAGCAAGAACAGAAAAACUACGACCGACGUCUCCUGUCUCGACAGGAAUAGCUGGUGAGCCGCUAGCGAAGGUGAUUCCAAAAUUGCAACUAAAACCGCUAAAGAAAGUAAUAAAACCUUCUAAAACCACAGAUCUUUCUCAGAUAGAUACAGGUCCAGGUUCUAAAGUUUCCGACGUGCUGAAACCGAGAAGUGCAAGUCCGAACCUCGGUAAAGAUGCACCUGAAUAUCUGAGGGACGCGAGGCCGCAGCUCGACGAUCUAACGGAUGCCAAAAGUAAAACUGAAGUAAGUUCGAACGAAGAUGUCACUAAUGAUAAGGGACGACUAAAGGACCUGGGAAAACCAAGUGGUGUUAUUGGCGAUACUCAUAAAAAAGACAAAUGUAGCAAUAAAGAACUGGAAGUAAGUGAAGUCUUAGAAAAGGCGAAGAACACUACUGAUAAUGAGGCUUCCGGAUAUCUGCAGAAGGCUAAAGGUGUCAAGAAAGUGCCUGCUAAAAUGGAAACUAAACCCGAUGGUAAAGAUGUCUCGACUGGCAAAUUAAAACAGCAAGUCUCGGAAGCACUGAACGAUGACAGCAGUAAACUGCGUGAAGCAUCGGGAAUAAAAGCUGUAGACGAAGUGAUCGAUCUAGGGCAGCAGCUACGGAAGGCAUCAGAAAAGGCAAAGGAUGUUUCUAAAGUGGUUCUCGGAAGUUUGGAGCCACCGAAGAUCACAGCAGCUAAGAAAGUGCCGUCUAAAGCUGAACCUAAAUCUGAUUUGAGGGAGAUCAUAACCGAUGAGAAACUGAAGCAGACAGCAACAGAAACAACGAAAGAUAAAAGUGAUUUGCUGCAACAGAAGACUUCUGAGACAUUUAACAAUAAAAGGGACAAAAUACAGGAACCUUCCGGAAAGAAGGAAAUUGAAGAAAGCGUAAGGCUAGGGCUGAAACCAAAGAAGUCGUUAGAAAAGACUAAGAAAGAGAUUCCUGACCAUCUGGAGCAACCGAAGGCAACUCAAGCUGAGACACCUGCUGAGAAGGCGCCUGCUAAAAAUGAAACUAAACUGGAUUUGAAAGAGACAUCUGCGGAUGAUAAAUUGGAACGAAAGUCUCCUGAAACGUUGAAUAAUAAAACUGAAGGACUAACUGAAACUUCAGCAAAGAAGGAAAAGGAUGAAAGCGCUAAUGUGAAGCUAAAGAUAAAGAAAGCUGCAGAAAAGUCAAAGAUUACCCCUGAACGUUUGGAGGACGCAAAAGCACAACCUCCUGCGGCGGCCAAAAAGUUCCUGGUGAAAACCGACAAGAAACUCGACUCAAAAGAAAAUGUCGUACGCCAUAAAUUAAAAGAUAAAACACCGGAAAAACUGGCUGGUAAAGCAGAUGAACUGCCGAAGAAGACAGAACUGAAUGAAAACAGCAAAGAAGUGAAGGAGAAGGAACAACAGAAAGAUAGUAAAGCAGAAAAAACACCAGAUAUUUCAGUUAACGAACCAAAGGACACUGAAAAGCAACAAAAUAUUACCACAAUCAGUAAUACGAUGCAAUCGUUGACAGAGGCAGAAAAAUCACUGCAAGAUAAAGGACCAGGCACCGAAAGUGUACCAGGAUCUACAGACAUUUAUACGCAGGUCACCAUCGGUUUACCGCCAAGGCCAAAGAAGGUCCAGAAAGCGAAAGAUAUCAAACCGGCAACGCCACACCAGGGAGAGCAACUAGAUCUGGAAAAAGAGACGAAAGCAGAAAGUCAGGAGCAACUUUCGUCUAAGGAGACUGCCAAACAAGUGGACAACAUUGAAGCACAGAAGCUUCCUAAAGAUCAAGUGCCAAAAGACGGUGCAAAACCUGUACAGAAGAUUGUCAUGAAGAAGAAAGUACAGAAGGAUAAGAUGCUCUCUGACAGAUCUCCGCCGCCUGACACUCUGGAGCAACGUACUGUAGCUAUUAAUGUUCCCUCUCUGUCAGCGCAGGAAAAUCAAGCGUCUUCGAAGGAAACUACUACUGUUACUUCACCGACCAAACAGCAGCAGAAGCCAGUAGAAACAUCUCCGGAUAAAGUUUUGACGCCAGACAUAAUAAUUCAGCCGGAACAAUCGGAGAAAGAGCCUAAAAGCACAGAUGAACACGAAAAUAAGGAAGAGAAGAAGCUAGAGGCAGUGACAUCUGAGGACGCGUCAAAGCUUUCCCCAAAAAGUGCUGCCUCAAAGCCGCGACAAAAAUCAUCAGAAAAGAAAAGUGCAACACCAGAAAGUGACAAAAUAGAAGAAUCUGAACAGGCCAAUGAAGAACAGGCGCUCCUCGUUGACGACGAAGACCGACGGAAAAAUGAAGCAGAUACUGUCGUCCCAUCGGAUUCCGAAGAUGAGACGCAUAGCGUCAAAGAAGACGAGGCAUCCACGCCGCGCUCUAGCACCUCAUCUGAUGACUCUGGCUUCGAUAGUCUACCAGUGCCAUCGGUGGCCAGUGAGCGCGACGGCAGUUCCCCUCUGGCCAACAACCCCGCACUGUCGCUGGAGGACGGACCUAAGCCACCUGCGACGUCCAUACCACGCUUUCGGAAAUACGCGGCUGAGGACUUCCAGUUCCUCAAAGUUUUGGGCAAAGGCAGCUUUGGCAAGGUUUUGCUUGCUGAACUGAAAGGGACUGAUAGGUAUUAUGCCGUAAAGUGUCUGAAGAAAGAUGUGGUGCUAGAGGAUAAUGACGUGGAGUGUACACUUAUAGAACGUAAGGUUUUAGCCCUUGGGACUAAACAUCCAUACCUAUGUCAUCUGUUUUGCACAUUUCAAACAGAAUCACAUCUAUUGUUCGUGCUGGAGUACCUGAAUGGUGGUGACCUAAUGUUUCAUAUACAGCAGAGUGGUAGAUUCCCUGAACCACGUGCAAGGUUUUAUGCAGCUGAGAUUGUUUCUGGCCUCAAGUUCCUGCACAAAAAAGGAAUAGUAUACAGAGACCUGAAGCUGGACAAUAUUCUUCUAGACUAUGAGGGCCAUAUCCGUAUUGCUGACUUUGGUAUGUGCAAGUUGCAGAUAUUUCUUGACAGAAUGGCUGACACGUUUUGUGGAACACCAGACUACAUGGCUCCAGAGAUUAUUAAGGGUCAAAGGUAUAACCAGUGUGUAGACUGGUGGUCGUUUGGAAUUCUUUUGUAUGAAAUGCUAAUUGGAGUGUCCCCAUUUAGUGGCUGUGAUGACAAUGAAUUAUUCUGGUCUAUUUGCAAUGAGACCCCUCACUAUCCACGAUUUCUUUCACUGGAAGCCAAAAAUAUCCUUGUGCUGCUUUUGGAGAAAGAUAUCAGCAAACGUUUGGGAACUCCAGAAUGCUCAGCUGGCGAUGUAUGUGAUCAACCAUUCUUUAGGAACAUUGAUUGGGAUGCCCUUGAGAGAAGAGAACUAGAACCACCCUUCAGACCAAAAGUGCAACAUCCUCUUGAUGUACAAUAUUUUGACACAACUUUCACAACGGAACGAGCACAGUUGACUCCAAUUGACAGAGGGAUUUUGGAGACAAUGGAUCAGGCUCAGUUCCAUGGAUUUUCAUACACAAACCCAUAUGCAACUGAUGUGUAAUAGGUGCUACACAACUUGUACAUGUAUUGUUGGCUAACAACAUUUGCGCUGAUCAGAGUCUCUUACCUAAUGUCUACUAUGGCAAUUAUUUGCAUCAUGAAGCAAUAGAGUAAUUGUGUAAAUAUGGUCAUCUUGAUGUCAUGAAAGAAUAAUACUCACCCGUUACUCUGUGGUGUAUUUUUUCUGACAUUUUUAGUCAGAAUUUGCAGGGAGUUUUUUUCCUAGUUGUCAUAAUUUGUUGAAUUUUUCAAAACUUUUCUAGUGAAAUUUGAGACUGAUUUCAGCCAGAGCUUGCUUAAAAUAUGUGUGAAACUUAAGUAUUAAUGAAAGCUUUUAAAUCUUACUAAAUGUGUGUGCAAGAAAACUGCAGCCUUGAUUCAAAAGCUGAAAGUUAUGUUUUAUAUAUGUAUAACAACUGUUUUGUUCUGUGCCAUACCAUUCUGUGUUCUUGUGAGAUAUUUUUGUUAUGUGCUGUUCACCUAAGAUGGUAAAUUAAGUUUCAGUUUAGUCCAUUGUUUUUAUAUAUACACAAAUUUUAUUUUAUCAUUCAAAAUUGUAAGACUUUACAUACACAUUUAUAUCAUCUAUGUUCUCA